UUAAAAAUCACCAGGUUGUGAGUUCCUUCUGCAGAGAGAAUGCUAUACUAGGUGGCUCACUGAUCAUUGUUAAUAAAGAUUAUAAAUGUAAGGAACGUAGAGACAUUGUGAGCCUCUCUGUGGAACGGAUUAUUGAAAUGGCCUGUGUAGAGCUUGAGCGAUUCAUUGUUAUAAGUGUGUACAGGCCCCCGAAUUCGUUUUAUGAUUCUUUUGAAAAUAUAAUGGAACGUGUUUUAUUAAAGCUUUCUGUUUCUAAUAAACAUAUUUUUAUCUGUGGUGAUUUUAAUAUAAAUUUAUUGGAAAAUACAAAUGCCACUAUUAGAUUCAGUACAUUGUUAAAAUCAUAUAACCUUAGCAAUUUAUUUUCAGAGCCCACAAGAAAAACUAGCACAUCGGCAACCUGUAUAGAUAAUAUUUUCAAAAACAUGUUAAUAGUUCAAGAAACCUACCGUUUGUUCCUAUUAAUAUUAGACGUUUGGAGAAGCUUAGAGGUAAAGUUUUGGCAAAUAUUUCGAAUGUUUGUUAUAGUGAAGAUCCUAAUGUUCACUACAUGGAUUUAUUUAAUGUCAUUAAUUCUGAAUUUAGUGCCAUCUUUACUUCUAAAACUUUGA